AUGUCUGCGUUGCACGAAUUUAUACGCAAUUUCAAAAAGGUUCCACUCACAAUGAAAGAAAUGUUCGCUGCGAAUCCUAAUAGAUUCGCGGAAUUCAGUCAGGUUUUGAGUAUUACUGGUGGUACUAUUCUAUUGGACUACUCUAAGAACUUGAUUGAUGCCAAUACAUUCGAUCAACUCAUUCAACUGGCUAGGGAUAGCAAUGUAGAGAAAAUGCGUGACAGUAUGAUGGAAGGAAAAAAAGUGAAUUUCACAGAAGACCGAGCCGUCUUGCAUAUAGCUCUGCGAAAUCGAUCUAAUAGACCAAUCUUAGUCGAUGGGAAAGAUGUCAUGCCUGGAGUAAACGCAGUUCUGGAACAUAUGUCCAAGUUUUGCAGCUCUGUCAGGUCUGGUGAAUGGAAAGGUUUCACAGGCAAGCCAAUUAAAGAUGUUGUUAAUAUUGGUAUUGGUGGCUCUGAUCUCGGGCCAGUCAUGGUUACGGAGUGCUUGAAGCCUUAUGCGUCACAUAUUCGCGUACACUUUGUUUCAAACAUAGAUGGAACGCAUAUUGCAGAAACGUUGAAAAAGGUGGAUCCGGAAACGGUUUUGUUCAUAAUAGCCUCGAAGACUUUCACUACGAUCGAGACAAUGACUAAUGCCAACUCUGCCAAAAAGUGGUUCUUGGAGCAUGCGAAAGAUAUAUCUCAUGUUGCCAAACACUUUGUUGCUUUGUCGACAAAUGCUAAAGAAGUUCGAGAAUUCGGGAUCGCAGCAGAAAAUAUGUUUGAGUUUUGGAUUAGUUUUCUGAACUGUGUCUGUAUUAUGUAUAUACUAAAUGAAGUCAGUUACGUUUUAAUAUUUCAGUGGGUUGGUGGCCGUUAUUCUCUAUGGUCAGCAAUCGGCUUAUCAAUAGCUCUUUAUGUAGGUAUGGAAAAUUUCAUAAAGCUGCUGGAAGGAGCCCAUGAAAUGGACAAGCAUUUCAGGGAAAUGCCAUUGCAUAAGAAUAUACCUGUCAUCUUAGCUGUGUUGGGUGUUUUAUAUAUCAAUAUCUAUGGCGCAGAGACUCAAGCGAUUUUACCAUACGAUCAGUACAUGUCACGUUUUCCUGCUUAUUUCCAACAAGGUGAUAUGGAAUCGAACGGAAAGUUUGUUACCCGUGAUGCUAAGGAGGUUGAUUAUGCUACGGGUCCUAUUGUUUGGGGGGAACCUGGAACAAACGGUCAGCACGCAUUUUAUCAACUUAUUCAUCAAGGCACUAGAAUUAUUCCUUGUGACUUUUUGAUACCUGUUCAUACACAUAAUCCAGUUCAGAGUGGCUUACAUCAUGAGAUUUUGUUAUCAAACUUUUUGGCUCAAACUGAAGCUCUAAUGACUGGUAAAACAAGGGAACAAGUUCAUAAAGAAUUAUUUGCUGCUGGAGUUACGGGUGAUAAGUUAGAAUCAUUUCAUUGCACAGAAGCUUUAAGGGUAAUCGUCCAUCCAACUCAAUUGUAUUUACAAAAUUGA